AGAUUGUGUGCGCCAUUUUGAUUUUGCCGGCUUUUACGUGAGAGUCGCUUUCCAUAUCUGGAACGGCCAAAAUGAUGUCUGUAACAGCUCGUAGUGGGCUUUUAGCCCAAUAUUUGUCGGCAUCUUCGCAGGUAGUCGCAACACAACUUCGCCCAACCGUGUGCCUCGCCGCCCCACUUUCAAGUAAGAUCACACUAGCUCCACGGAAGGAAAAUCUUACGACAGAGUCGCUCAAGCAACUCGUCCCAAAGUGUGGAAACGUCAGAGUUUCAUCUGGUCCACACGGACCAAUGCAAGUUAGGUAUGCACACACAGACAUCCAGUAUCCAGAUUUUUCUGACUACAGAAGGCAACCCGUCAGUGAUCCGAAGACGUCCUCAGAACCUAGUUCUGUCAGUCGGCGAGCAUUCACCUAUGCCAUGGUGGGAGCCAGCGGUGUUGUUGGUGCAUAUGCAGCCAAGAAUAUAGUCCAGGAGCUCCUCAGCACAAUGAGUGCAUCUGCUGAUGUCUUAGCUUUGGCAAAGGUGGAAGUUGACUUAAAAACCAUCGCAGAGGGUAAAAGUAUAUGUGUGAAAUGGCGUGGCAAACCGCUAUUUGUCAGACAUCGUACAGGUGACGAGAUAGAAACUGAAAAAGGUGUUGACGUGGAAUCACUCAGACAUAAAGAACACGACGACGAACGAGUGAAGCGGCCGGAGUGGCUGAUCCUGAUUGGUGUCUGCACACAUUUAGGCUGUGUACCAAUUGCACAUGCCGGAGAAUAUGGUGGCUAUUUCUGUCCAUGUCACGGUUCACAUUACGACACCUCUGGGAGAAUACGAAAGGGUCCAGCUCCAGAAAAUUUAGAAGUCCCUGAAUAUACGUUCUCAGAUGAUACAACCGUUGUUGUUGGUUAAAAAUUAUUCGUAUCUGAGUGUAUUUCUAUUUUGUGUUUGCUUGUAAGGCUCGCCUCCACUGGUGGUCUUUCUUUGAGUAUUGAGUAGUAGUGUCCUACACUACUAAACAAUUUUUGCUGGAUUUUAUUGAAGGUGCCAUACUGACCUCUUGUAAUUCUUGUGUCAUGUAGUAUUCAUUCUCCAAUGAAAACCUCUGAUACAACGACACUGGUAAAUAAAUUAUUUUAAUUCCAUCUUU